AUGAGACAAAUCCCUGGGGCUGUCAGAGGCAUCAGUAAUUUUGGCUCUUCAGAUGCUUACUGGGUCCAACAAAUUACUCAAGAUAGACCCCUCCUCAAAUUAAAACUAGACGGUAAAAGCUUUGAAGGACUUGUAGACACCGGAGCCGAUGCCACGGUAAACUCUGACAAAGAUUGGCCUUCUUCUUGGCCCCGCACGGCCUCCUUGACUCAUCUCAAAGGCAUUGGCCAAACCUCCAACCCACAGCAAAGUUCCAAGGUCCUUAUAUGGACAUAUGAGGAAGGUAAUAUUGGCACUGUUCAACCCUACAUUGUGCCUGCCCUGCCUGUUAGUCUUUGGGGAAGAGAUAUCCUUGCCCAACUAAAUCUUAUCAUGUGUAGCCCAAAUGAAAUUGUUACCCACCAAAAGUUAAAACAGGGCUUCCGCCCUGGACAAGGUUUAGGAAAAUAUUCUUAG